UUAACGGUCGUGCAACUUUUAUUUUAUUCCUGCCCGAAUUUGAUUUAUUCACCGAUGAACUUGUGCUUCAAAACACCGCCGCUGGCUUCAAUUACAAAAUGCUCGCCCAGACCCGGGACUCGUUUUUGGAUGACGAAUUUGGAAGACCUGUAGAGUCUAUUAUGCGAUGUGAGGAUUUCAAAAGCAAUUUUGCGCGAAGGCUUUCAAACCGAUAUAUUUCCAGAUCCUCAGUUUCUGGUUCAAGGCAAGACACUGUGUUGAAAUUGCGUCCAGUUGAAAAACAGGAAAUAAUGAAUAAUGUUCCAGAAAGAAUUGAGCAGUGUUCUCAACUUUCGAAGAGUAGUAAUUUAGAACAAAAUGGAGAAAUCGUCAAGCCCCCAGAUAAGAUGAUCAAGCAGAACGCUGACAUGCGAGGCACGGAGGUAAAUGCUUUAAACAUGGAAGUGGACACAUUACGGUGGCAGCUAGCACAGACCGAAGCCAACAGGCAGAUGCAUAUAGCUUUACUUAAGCAAAUAGUAACCUUUCUAAACAGAGUUAAGGAACACAUUGAAUGCCAAAAACAUGAACCAGAUGUAAGGUUAGAUGCCGUGUCCCCGAUGGUGUUUCCGAGAACCUUAAAUAUAACUGAUUUGCCUCGUUCCCGGUCCGUUUUGCAUGUCAGUAAAAAUCUUGAUUACUCGAUAAGCCCCGUAAAGAAAAUGAGUACAAGGAAAAUCAGCAAAUCGAUUAGUAACGUUAACGGAUAUAAAGAUUGCAGCAGCAUUUGGAGUCAUUCGAAGUUAUCAUUGGUCUCCGAAAACGAGACUGGACAAAAGUUGACAGAAGAGAUGUCGAGGUUAAUCACUCUUGCCAAUACAGUUCUUAGCACUAAACUUCCUGACCUAGCGUGUGCAUGUCUCGGUAAUCGAACUGAUUCAACUCUACAAUUGACUGAAGACGCAAAGAAAGAUGAAGUGAAUGAUCAAAAUGUAAAUGCUUCUUUAAGCUUGUAUAAGAAAACAGAAAACGAAAAAAGUGUCCUAAAUACGAGUUGCGACAGCGAGGCUUACAAUGGCAUAACUAACAAAUUCGCAGACAUGGAGAAUAGUAUUUUGAAUGAUUUUAUUGUAUCGCAAUCCCCGCUUAGUUUCGGGUCGGAAAACAAUUCUUCCGGUGUAAAGCUAUUCGAACGAGAACAGCCGGGUACGCAGAACGGCUUAGUUACAUCGUGUGGGAAAGUAGUACAAACAGUUGACAAAAGAAACGAUUACAAUGCGUCAUCAAAUUUUAUAGAGGAUGAAAGUGGUUUUUCGUCUAUGAGUUCGUUUCAGGAGAUCGGCAUACCGAUCAUAAGUAUAAUACCACCGUCUCCGUGCAAAGAAGUUGAAUAUUUAGAAGAAAUCGCUGACGAGACAGAAAAAUGGAAAACGGACACCAUUGAAUUGGAUAAGCAAAGUGUUAAAGUAUUUUGGGUUUGAUUUCUUAACACAGACACGAACUGUUUUGACACUGCAAUACGAUUACAAUAUUUGUAAAUCAAAUUUAAUGCUUGCAAAUACGAUUUGCUUUUAGGUAACAUUCAUUGUCAUUAACUUUAUUUAUGUCUUACACUAAGUUACAAAAAUAAUUAUGCCGUUUUUAUUUAUAAUAAAGACAGAGU